CAAAGUUCGGCAACUCUUAUUUAUCGGGUCAUUUUGUUAUCAUUUACUAACGUAAAUAGAAUAGAAUUAAAUAACACUAUCAACUGUUUCUUAGUGAAAAUAUAGAUCAUUAGGUUAUAAAAAAUAUAUUGAUUCUAGAGCUAGAAAAUAGCUAGAUUAGGUCUAUAAUGGAAUUCUAAGUAUGUGUCCUACAGAGUCUAGUGACUAUUACUAGUCUAAGUCUAUGUAGUACAUUUUUUACGAUUAUCUAGAAAAUCUAGAUCUAGUAUAGUCUAGUUAUGCGGAAGUAACACUAAACUGAAAACUCUAAACAUUAAUAAAAAUAGUAGCACUGUUGAGUCUGAGUAACAGACGAGAGUCAGACUGACUCAUUCAACAUUGAGUAAAGUAACUGUGAGGUAGCUAAAAAUGGGUUGUUGUACUUCCCAAGAAAAUUCAGAAGAAGCUCAGCGUAAAAUUGCUGUUGUAGGUGAUAGUGGUGUUGGGAAGACUAGUCUCAUUCAGAGAUUAAUGACAGAUGACUUUGAUGAAAAUACGCCUCAAGAGUACAUAGCCUCAGCUCUGAAAGUGGAUGAGAAAUUGAUUGAACUGAAAAAAGGAAAGAAGGUACGUCUUUUUAUAUACGACACUGGUGGUCAAGAAACUUUCAAACAUUUGAGAAAAUUAAACUAUCCUAAAUCUGACGCAGUCAUCAUUUGCUUUAGUGUUGAUAACAUAGAGAGUCUACAGAAUGUUAAAAAGAACUGGGUGCCGGAGAUGCAGAGGCUUUGCCCUGGCAUACCUAUGUUGCUAGUCGGGAAUAAAGUUGACAUCAGGCAUGAAAGCGAGUCCAUAAAAAAUUUUGUCCCCAGGGGCAAAGGAGAGAACACUGCCAAAAAAAACAAGAUGGUUGGCUACAUAGAGUGUUCUGCCAAGACAGAUGAGAAGGUCAAGGAUGUAUUUGAAAAAAUCGCACAAGUUGCACUCCAAAGAAAGGUCAUUAGAAAAGAGGAGACUGCUUAGAAAAAAGUCAACAUUUUAUUUGGAACAUGUAUUGUAUAUUUAUUAUAGUGUAAAUUUGGCAGUGGUGAAAUAAUCUAGCUAAUGUUUUAUAUCUUGCAGAUGUCUACUUAUUAAACAUUCAGUAUAAAAAAAAUGUAACACAUAAAUAGGGAUAAAAUUAACUAUCUGAAUUGCUGUGCACACAUAUUGCAUAUUUAAUACUGCUGGAGCUCUGUGAUUACUUAAACAAACUUAAUGUUUACCUUUUCCUGUUGUAUUUGUAGGUUACUUAUUUUUUAUAAAUUGACAAACUUUUUUUUUUUUUUUGGGGGGGGGGGGUAAUCAUACAACAAUGUUUAAAAAAUAGUUGAAUGAUGUAAUUAGCAGGGGUUAAGUUUUUUUUACUUCUUUUACAGUGACUUGUAUGAUAUUUGGUAAUUUUAUACAUACUCUAAACUUUAAGCUUUGUGUUUUAAGUGGCGGUCUUUUAAUGUAAAUACCACCAAAGAAACUAUUUUACUGCUGGUAAAAGGGUACCUAACAUUUCAAUUUGAGAAAUCUAAAUAUCAAAUUUGACUUAUAAGGUGUUGUUUUUUUUUUAAUAUAGUAUAAUGGCCUAACCUACGAUUGAGACAUUUGGAUGUCAUUGCUGGAAUUCAUUGGUUGCACUGUAGUGUAAUACUUGUUUUGUGGUAAAAUAGUUUGCUUCUUUAAAAAUCAAUGUCAUAACAUUGACUGUAAGUGAGGAUGGAGUGUGAUGAUGAUUUCAAAACCAAGGCCAUCUAUUACUCUUGUUCAAAAUUAUGUCCAGAAGCCCAUAAUGUGGAAAUUUGUCCAUACUGUCUCACCAGGUCUUCAUUUAAAAAGAAAAGAAAUCUGAUCAAUGUCUAUUUAAAUAAUUGAUAUAUUUAUAUACACAUCUUCCUUUCUUUCAAUUUAAUGAGUUAAUUUAGUGUGCUAUCUUGUAAAAUAAAUUGUUCAUUCUUUGUCUUUUGAGUCUCAAAUUUUACUUAUUUGCUUGCUCUGUUCCGUCUUAAUGUUGCUUGUGAUUCCUCUGCUAUAAUGGCCACUAACCAUAAAUCUCCAGAGAUCUUUGUUCUUUCCAGCUGAUUCCAGAUGUAACUUAUUUCAGCUUGCUUUGACUCCUCUUCAGCUUGUUUGUGAGUGAUGUUCAAGUCUGCUUUAUUUAGGCCUACCUUUCUUUUCUUCCUUGACAAGGGGUCUUAUAAUUUAGCAGCCAGGAGUUAUCAAGUUUGUUUUGUAUAUCAUGUAAAAUGUUGAAUAUGAUGAAUAAAAAUUUGUCAAUGCAAAUAAUAACUAAAUAAUUUAAAAUUGUAAUUAGAUUUGAUUUCUUCAAUAUUAAUGCUACAUUUCAUUUUUUGUUUACCUGUCAACCUCAAAAGUUCAUGGCAUUGCUGUGAUUUGUUUUCUUUCCAUUUAUUUUGUGCCUUAAAAACAUUUUUUUCAAAAAUUAAUUUUUUUGUCUUCAGAUUAAUGUAUAUCUCUACUGUGUAUUUUUCAUUCAAGCUUUACAUGAUCAAAGAUUUUUUUGAACCUUUUAUUGACUUUGUCAGAUCCUGUUUAUGUUAUUUUACAGAAGUAUGUCCUUUAUUCAUGCAAUUAUUUAAGUAAUACCGGUAUGAUGAAAAGUAUCUUGUCAACAUUCCUACAAUGGAGUUUCUAAAAUUAAUACUUGUGUACUUAUAUGCUUAAUACUUAGUAGACUAUUGAUCACUGAAAUGUAAUUGACCAUUUAAGCUUUUUGUGAUGGGUUUUGAUUGCUUUAAGUUUAAUACAGUGCUUUGAAGAUUAUUCAGAAAAAAUUGUUUAAGGUCCAACUGUGUUCUGAAAGAAACUCCCUUACAGCUCUUUAGUUAUACCAUAAAUGUCGGCCAUGGUAAAGAUCAUACUAAAGAUCAUACUAUCCAAUUUUUGGUAUGACCUGUUUCAAUUUAAAAUUGUAAUUACUCUUUUGUAAAUUAAUUCUACUUGGAAAACAUUUUACUACUUUAAAAAUAUUACAUCUAUGCCUGUUAGUUUUAAUAUGUAUUCUUACUGAAACUAAUGCAAAUCAUUUGAUGAAUAACUUUAUUUCAAUCAAUUUAGAAAAUAGGCAAUCUGCAUAGUCUCUAUGCCACCUUUGUAUCAUAUGUACGUUUUGAUUUGAUUCUUAAGUCAGUCAUGUAUUUUAUUGUUAUACAAUAUAAGUGUGUAUAUUUAACUUGUAAAAUAUUUUUAACAUUGUAACUUAGUACAACAAAUUUAAUAAGACUAUAAACAUCAGUUGUAUUUUUUUUUAAAUAAUGAUAUUACCAAUUAGUAAAUAAAGAAAAACAUUCAUAAGAAUUAACAUUA